AAUUAUUAUUCUCAUAAUACUCUCGCAGGUCUGCUGGAAGAGAUUUCUUAAAGAAAUAAGCAGUGCCUUUGUACAUAAUUUUCCUAUUACUCUGUACUAUGUCUUCUUUUUUGUGUGUACAUAAAUAAAUAAAUAAAUAAAUAAUUGACAUAUUAAUAUUAUUAGGCGAGUGUGAAAGUGAUCGGCGACCGUCCGAGAACCACAUUGUUUUCACCGGAGAAGAAUCGGACGAGUGUCAUUAAAAUCAUAAUUCUCGCAUGGCCCGAAGGCCGAAUCUUAGGAAGAGCCAGGGAGAGAGGCGACCACGAUCCACUAGUAUAUAAACGACCGACCGCCGGUACAGAGCAUCACACAACCACGACACCUCCGUGAGACAACAUGAAAGCAUUCUUGGUAGCUGCCGUUGCGGCACUCGGCUCGGCCAGACCCGAGGCGGGAUACACUUACAAUGCGCCGGGAGGCGCUAGCCUAGGAGGACACGGCGGUGGCAUCGGCGGCGGCAUCGGUGGCAUCGGAGGCGGCAUUGGUGGCGGACACGGAGGAUUCUCCUCUGGCGGUCUGAGCUCCAGCAGCUUCGGCGGUGGUCUCGGUGGCGGCCUCGGCGGUGGUCUCGGCGGUGGAUUCUCCUCCGGUGGAUUCUCCUCAUCUGGUGGUAGCUUCUCAUCCGGUGGUGCUAUCGGUGGUGGAUUCUCUGGUGGUGCUAUCGGCGGUGGAUUCGGCGGCGGCUUCGGAGGCGCUCCCAUCGUCCAGAAGCACAUCUACGUCCACGUUCCCCCCCCAGAACCUGAAGAACAGCGCCCACAAGUAAUCAGCGGUGGUGCCAUCCCCCAGAAGCACUACAAAAUCAUCUUCAUUAAGGCCCCAGCUCCUCCCGCACCGGUCGCACCCAUCAUCCCCGCUCAAGCCCAAAACGAAGAGAAGACCCUUGUCUACGUGUUGGUCAAGAAACCCGACGAACAGCCCGACAUCACCAUCCCCACUGCUGCUCCCACCCAGCCCUCCAAACCCGAAGUUUACUUCAUCAAGUACAAGACCCAGAAGGAAGGUGGCUCUAUCGGAGGUGGUGCUAUUGGCGGUGGUAUCGGCGGCGGCCUCGGUGGUAUCGGUGGUGGAAUCGGCGGUGGCUCUAUCGGCGGCGGUAGCCUCGGCGGUGGCAUCUCUGGCGGAAGCAUCGGCGGUGGUAUCUCUGGUGGCAGCCUCGGCGGUGGUAUCUCUGGCGGCAGCAUCGGAGGUGGACACGGUGGCAGCAUCGGCGGUGGUAUCUCCGGUGGCCAUGGAGGUUCGGGAGUCAGCACCUCCUACGGACCCCCCGGUCACUCCGGCCCUUACUAAACGACGCGCUGAGCCCACUCCAAGCGCCACCUUGUGAUACCAGCUUAGUCGGCGACAAUACUAGUAUAAGUAGAGAAAAAAUUACGGUGCCUAAAUGUAUUUAUGUAAAUAGUAAUUUUAAUGUACUAUAAUUAUAGUUGUAUCAUAAAUUUUUAUUUUUGCAUAAAAAAUGAUAAACCUAAAACAAA